GGUUGAACAGAAGGCGGAGUGUAUUCUGACGAUUUCGCAGGAAAGUAGGCUGAGGCGUCUUGGAAGUGCGAGGAAAUUUCGAUAUGAUGCGAUGCUUCUUUUUGUCUCGCGUCACAUGGCCGCAUCGAAUAUGGAGUUUCUUGCGUGCACGAGCUCCGGUGACAUUGAGUCUCCGAGCGACGGUUUUACGUACACCGCGGCACGAGACGUGUCUGUGCGGUGCAUCUUUGAACCCGAGCACAGCCCGUAUUACGUGAUCCCACGUGUGUACCAUUUCAGUGAUUGGGAAGAAAUACCGUUUGUUCUUUCCCUUCUAUGCGACACGGUGAUUGGGGGGGAUGAUGCCCAGGUGCACUUCCGCCACUUGGACCCAUCCUGUCGCGUCUUUCAAGACAUGUCAUCCUUCACGGUGGAUGCGGAGCUCUGCCGUCCCGUCACGGCAACCUAUCAGUGCCGAACUCCUGCUGGUGUUUCGGCCUACGAGGGUCAAUGCAUCAGACAGCAAACUUGGCGCAGUAUGAGACAGAUGCAUCUGGAUGAUGGCUAA